GUAAACCUCAUCGUCUACCUAUAGCAGAGAGGUUUAAGAAACAGUUGCGAAAUUUCACAACUUUCCUCCCUACUCUACAUCUUGUUAUGUGAUUCCUUGACGAUGUCAGUAGCUUCUUCACUCUUUCCCUCUGAAUUACACUUUACUGCAAUUUCAACCAAAAACAAGAAUUACAACUAUUGUGGGAUCAGAAGUGCAAUGGCAGCCCCCGUCCUCUGCUGCUCAAAUUCCACAGCCUCUACGCCGUCAAUUUCGAAAACAGUUCCGCCUCUGGUGAUGAAGCAGAAGAAGAGGUAUCGGAAGCUGUACCCGGGAGAAACCGAGGGUAUCACUGAAGAGAUGAGGUUUGUUGCCAUGAGAUUCCGUAAUGUGAAAGGGAAGUACGUUCACAAGAGUGACAAUAGUUCUGAUGAAGAUGAGGAAGGUUCAAUGAACGAACAAAAUCCAUCAAACAAGCAGCAAGUUAUGGAAGAAGAAGAGGGGAGUGAUGAGGCAGAGACUUGGUUUCCCACCAUUGAAGGUUUUAUCAAGUAUUUGGUAGAUAGCAAGCUCGUAUUUGACACGAUUGAGCGCGUCAUUGAUGAAUCCAUUGAUGUCGCUUAUUCUUACUUUAGGAAGACUGGAUUGGAACGAUCAGAGUGCCUUUCAAAAGAUCUUGAUUGGUUUAGCCGACAGAACAUUGUAAUUCCUGAACCUAGCACUGCGGGUGUUUCUUAUGUCAAGUACUUGGACGAGCUUGCAGAGAAGAGUGCCCCAUUGUUCCUGUGUCAUUUCUACAAUAUCUACUUUUCGCAUAUAGCUGGUGGCCAAGUCAUCACAAGACAGGUUUCCAAGAAGAUUCUAGAAGGAAGAGAACUGGAAUUCUGCAAAUGGGAGGGGGAUGUAGAAGAAUCACUGAAAGGUGUUCGUGAGAAACUCAACAUGCUUGGAGAGCACUGGACUCGUUAUGAGAAAAAUAAAUGCUUAAAAGAAACAACGAAGGCAUUCAGGUUUAUGGGGCAGAUAGUCCGCUUGAUCAUCUUAUAGGGCAGAAUUUUCAAAUUCACACCACAGAAGUUUUCACAUUCACAGCCUGAGAAGUUUGUUUGGGGGACCACGACUUACUGCCUGUUUUGAUUGGGUGGCGUAGUUCAAGUAGUGACCAACUGAUCUUCUACUAAUGCAGUGGUGUAUGCACCAAAAAGCCGAGACAUCGAAGUUACAGGGCUCACUACGUCAAUAUUUCUUUCUAAUGGCAUUAUCUUCACCUAGAGGACCCCAGUUUAUGAAAAAGCAGCAUUUGGUCCUAACCACCCUUUUAUAGUUGCUUCUCUAUCCCUGCUUUUCAAAAAGGCGACGACAACAUCCGUAAAUUUGUUGCUCCUGCUUUCAGGUGAAACGCAGAGAACAAAGACACAAACAUGCUGCAUGGUUUUGAUGCUUUUUGUGGAAAAAAUUGAUGUAGGGUUCCUCAACGGGGAUAUCAUUGAGCCUGACAUGGUUUAGGGUAACUAUACUAUUCGACUUUUGUAAAGAAUUGUCCUUUCCAAUUCUAAUAAUGUAGGAUGGUGUUGUCUAACCUAUGUAAUGUACUCGGGCAAACUUUCGAAGCCGGACAUGUACAGUGGGAUGCACGCCUUUAACAAAACCCAAUGCUCUUUCAACCUUC